AUUUAUUUUUUAAAAUGAACACUCUAGCUAAAAAUUUCGUUCUCUCGUAGUACCAAAAGGAAAAUCUCUCUCUUGUUGAGUUAGGUUAGAAAAGAAAAAGAAAAAGGAGAACCAUGAGUGCUAGUAGUUCGAAGCCACCGAUGUCUCUGCGAAGCCAAGGAGAAACUUGGUUUUCACGUGGCCCCACUUGUUACCAAUUCUUCAAUUUUGGUUCAAGAGUGAGAAUUGGAAGACUCAAUUGCUGUGGUAUUUCCAUGUUAGAAAGAAGCAAAAAGGCAGAGUUUUUGGUGAGAGGGUGUGGGUGUGACCAAAGUAGUGGCGAGGACUGUGGUGAGAUGGAGGAAGACCAAGAUUUUGUGAAGGUUCUAAGAGAAUCCCAGCCUUAUAUUUCUGUGCAUAGGGAGAGAGUGUUUGUUGUGCUCAUAUCUGCAGAAAUUGUUGCUAGUUCUUAUUUGGAUGUCAUUCUCAAGUGCUCGAACUCCAGAUCUCAACUUAAAGAAUACAAACUCCUUAUCAUUUGUGACAACUUUGUUCGAUACACACACAUAUGUUUUUUUAGUAUUGAUCAUUGCAAAAAAUUUAUUCUCCGAAACUAUAACAUAUUAAUUUUAAUUUGUUAAAAAUAUUCACGUAAUAACACCAAAUGGGCUCCACCCCAAUAAAAUUAAAACCCUCACGGUGGUUAUGGCAACGCUUGUUUACAGAAAUUCAUCUGCGACGAAGGCAUGGUUCAUGACAUGAUAGAGACAAAUUCAUCCGAUUCUUCCACUUAUUGCUAGUUUAGCUGCCCAAACCAUAACUUGGAUUCUAAUAUUUCAAAACUGUUACGGUUAACUGUCUUCCGAUGUCUUAAAGUACUUUGCCACAACAGAGCUUUCGGUAGUGUUUGGUUCGGGAGAAAAUUUGUUUUAUUAAGAAAAUGGUUGGAAAGUGAGUUUGGUAUGAAAAUGUAAAAAAAGUUGUUUGGUUGACCCAAAUAUUACCAGGGAAAUUUAUUUAAAUAUGCAAAAUUUAUGUUCGGGAGAAACUUUGCACCUGUUUUUGUUCACUUCUCCAGUUAUCUCAAAAUACCACAUCUCAAGUAAUAUUCUGUAACAGUAAAUUUCAUCCAAAAAUCAACACAAAAGUCAUUUUUACAUCUAUUCUAUUUGCCUGGUAUUUUUUGAAAAAAACUGAACCAAACGUAAUAUUUUUCAAUAUUCACUUACACUUUCUCAUCAAUCCCA